AUGGAGGAACACGUCGUCGGCGUUCUUGGCGGUGGCCAGCUCGGACGCAUGCUUGUUGAAGCAGCCAGCAGACUCAAUAUCAAAGUGGCUGUGCUGGAUAGCGAAAAUGCACCUGCAAAACAGAUCAACCAAAUUGCCUCUGACCUGCACGUUACUGGGUCGUUCGCCAAGGCAUCGGAUGUGAGAGAGCUGGCCUCACGAUGCGAUGUGCUCACAUAUGAAAUCGAGCAUGUCGACACAAAAAUCUUGGAAGAACUGGAGGGCGAGAAGGCCUUUGUCGAUGGAACGCAAUGGGGCCGAAUUCAACCAAGCUGGAAGACAAUCCGAACCAUACAAGACAAGUUUCUCCAGAAACAGCACUAUGCCAAGUACGGCUUGUCGACGGCAAAGUCGAUUGCCGUGGGCACAAGUCACCCGCAAGGCCUCAAAGAUAUUGCGGACGAGCUCGGAUACCCUCUGAUGCUGAAAUCAAGGACAGAGGCCUACGAUGGACGAGGGAAUUACCCCGUCAAAUCGGUGUCUGACAUUGAACCGGCUCUCAAGGCACUGGGAGAUCGACCUUUGUAUGCGGAAAAAUGGGCCAACUUUAAAAUGGAGCUCGCGGUCAUGGUGAUCAAGACAGCACAGGAAGCGAACAUCGAUGCGUGGGAGAGCAUGACGAUGGCUUACCCGACGGUGGAAACGAUCCACGAGGAUAGCAUUUGCAAACUCGUGUAUGCGCCUGCAAGGGGCGUCUCCAAGCAGGUGUCGCAAGCAGCACAGGAGCUGGCACGACGCGCCGUUUCUACGUUCCCUGGAACCGGCGUGUUCGGUGUCGAGCUGUUCCUCCUGCAAGACGAUAGCUUAGUCAUCAACGAGAUCGCACCAAGACCUCACAAUUCAGGUCACUAUACGAUAGAGGCGUGCCACAUGUCUCAGUACCAGGCUCAGGUCAGAGCAAUCUUGCCCGAACUGGCUUCCAGGAUCCCUCCCGGCUCGACCGACCUCCGCGUCCCUGCGGCCAUCAUGCUCAACAUCCUCGGUGGACCCCAGCCAGACUCGCACCUUCUCGUGGUGAACGCUGCUCGCGAUGUAGCGGGCGCCGAGGUACACUUGUAUGGCAAAGGCGCGGGUCGGCCGGGCCGCAAGAUGGGCCACAUCACGAUCACCGGCGCGAGCAUGUCGGAAUGCGAAGCGAAAAUCCACCCGCUUGUCCAGAUGGUCAAUGCAGUCCGCGCACACCGUUCCUCGUCAUCGUCAGCAGCGUCGGCAACGGCCAUCACGAACACGUAUACAGAAUUGAUGAAGAGCAAUCCCACGCCGCCACCGAAGCCCGUGGUCGCCGUAUGCAUGGGUUCCGACACUGACCUGGCAACUCUGAAAUCCGGUCUCACGAUCUUGAAGACGAUGGGCAUACCUUACGACGUACACAUCACGUCGGCACACCGCACGCCCAAGUACAUGCUGGAGUUUGCCGAGAAGGCCGCGUCGCAAGGGUACAAGGCCAUCAUCGCCGCAGCUGGCGGUGCGGCCCAUCUCCCUGGAAUGAUGGCCUCCGAGACCUCGGUCCCCGUGAUUGGCGUACCGGUCAAGGCGAGCAGCCUGGACGGAAUGGACAGUCUGCUGAGCAUCGUACAGAUGCCACGCGGUGUGCCCGUGGCGACGGUGGGCAUUGGAAACAGCACGAAUGCGGCCAUCCUGGCCGCACGCAUUGUCGGCACAAGUGAGAUCAAGGCGCAGCAAUGGGUAGAAGAACAUUUGAAAAACAUGGAGCACGAGAACAUGGAAAAAGAGCGUCGGCUUCAACGCGAGGGAUGGGAGGUUUACAAAAAGUUGGACUCUUGA